UUUUACCUUUUUUUUCCUUUUAACAAAGAAUUCGAAGGGAAAAAAACAAAAAGACACGAAGUGAAUAAAGACCAUGUGGGAGUAAAAUACAAAAAAGGGAAAAAAAAGAAGAAUACAACUCUCUCCUAACUCUCUUUUUCUCCACCGCUGUUACUGUGGACGCCAGCUAAUAAAUACAAUUAAUUAGCAAUUAAUUAAUAAGCUGCAGGAUGAAUUGUGGCCGAGGCGAUGACUUCGAACAAGCCGCCUAGAAGGAACAUUUUUCACGCUUUAUUAAAAAUAUUCCUCCACACACCCAUCCCAGAGGAAUCCACAUUUGGGAAGGCGCAGCGACCUCUUCAACCAACCCAAAAAACCAUCGAAAAAUCCAUUUAAACCGCGGAAACAAAGCGGAGGCGCCCGCGCUGCCGCCACCUCGGAACCUCGGGGGCAGACGAGGAGCCGAGCCCCGGAGCAGGAAUUGGGUGUUCGGGAGAUGUUGCCAGUACCCAACCGGAGCGUUUGAAAGCGAGAUCGGAUUUUUUCGUUUUUUUUUUUUUGAUUUUUCCCCUCUUUUCCCUGUUUUUUUUCACCUCCCCUCCCCCUCUGGCCCCUCUCUGGAGGGAUGUGUGUGAUCAGCGAGUGGAAACACAAAUGUCCUGAUUUUCCUGAUUUUCCCUGCCCCUCUUUGAAAGGGACAAAGUAAAAAACAAAAACAAAAAAAAAAAAACAAAAACAACCUCCCAGAAAUGUUCCUGACCUGCGAGGGGACCUUGGGGAUCGUUCCGGCCACCAUGGACUACAACGUGCAAGCCCGGCCGGGCCAUUUCCACGCUGGCUACCAACAGAUCGAAGGCAUCAACUUGGGCUACUUACAGAUCAACGGCACCCAGAUGUUCGCGCUGGCCCAGGUGCUCAGCGACCUGUUCAAGGACAUCCCCAGGACCACCAUCAGCAAGAAGAUGGAAACCUUAAAGAUCAAGAGCCGCCGCUGUGACCUGGCCGAGCUGCGGACCCUCAAGGCCAUCAACUCGGUGCCCACGCGCGCCGUUAAGUGCUCGCUCAUCUCCAAGGCGGACCUGGAGGCUCUCUGCACCUCCUGCAAGAGCCUCCGCUGGAGGAAGAGGAGGAGGAAGAGCAGGAGAAGGGAGCACCUGAUGGGCAACUUCCCCUGCACGCCCUCGCUGGUGGUGGGCGAGGACGGGGACUUGUGCCCGGCCUCGUCGCUGGGUGGCAAAAACUCCUGGGCGCUGUCCAAGACGCACCCGCUGUGGCGGUGGCACCUGGGGGGCAGCGCCAUCCCCGUGCCCCCCAGCCUCAAAUUCCGCGGCUGCGCCAGCCUGGAGGAUCCCUGA